ACUUGCAGCCCGUAACCCCCUCGGCGCAACCAAAACAAACCUUGCCUUCAAGUGCGGUGGCGAAAUGCCUACUAUCAAGUUUUCCGAGGUUCUAUCCUUCACCAGCGAGGAUCCCAAUCACCCCGCAGAUAACCUCCUGAGGCAGGAAACACAUCGGAAAUGGAAGUGUGCAGCAGGAUUAUCAGAGAAACAAGCAUCAGUUACCUUGAAGUUGGAGCGGCUUACAUCCAUUCGCUCCAUUGACAUCGGCAAUGCUGGCUCAGCAUUUGUGGAGGUUCUGGCAGCACGGGAGGAUGCCAACUUUAAGGUCCUCCUUGUGGCCUCCUCAUUCAUGACCCCCAUAGAGUCAAGAAAUGCAUCAGAUCUCCACAGAGUGCGCAUGUUUGGGCUUGACAAACUGAACAAAGAUGUGGCCAGUGAGAAAUGGGACCGCAUCAAGGUGGUGUGCACACAGCCCUUCAACAAGAACCUGCAGUAUGGGCUCUCCUUUGUCACAGUUUCAUCGGCUGGCGAGGUAAGGGACCCUGUUAUUUUGCCUUUGCUUGGAAUUUAUAAAUUGAAAACUUAUUUCACCCUUCCGGACUCUCGCACUCUCCCAGGAAGGGCAGAGGACGGCACCCCCGCCCCCAAAGGCAUAGCUGGGAGUUUUACCCUAAAGGAGGAAGAUGAGUCUGACCCCAUAUCCGUUGGCUCCGUCUUCGCACGCAGAAAGGAGAAGGACGCUUCACCCUCGCCUCUCUCAGGUGCAGCUGCAAUCAGAGCUGCCUCGGCCGCAGCAGCAACAUCAUCAACAGCAACAGGAGGAGGAGGGGGGGGAGUGGGUAGCCCUGGACCGGGGAGCCUAAAAAGAAAAGCCCUGGAAAACCCACCAGACGUGGGCUUCUACCAGCUGAAGAAGAAGCCUGCACACGAAACAACAGAAAGCAGAAACAAAGAACGUGACAAACAAAAAAUGGAGAGGGAAGGGAGCAGCACAGAGAGAAAAAAUACAUCAGAGAGAAAGGAAGAAAAGGAGAAGAAGAAGAUUAAAGAGAGAGAAAAAGGAGGGGGCGAAAGCAGUAGCAGUAGAAAGAACAGUGACCGAAGAAAGGAGGAAGAGGAAACAGAGAAAGAUGGAGAGGAGGCGAAAAGGGAGACCCACAAGAAGAAGCGAGAAGGAAGCAGAGGGGGAGAUAGUAAGAGGGAGAAGGAGAAUCUCCCAACAACGUCUCAGAAGAACCAUAGGAAGACCGAGCCGUUUGCGUCCCUAAUGAAGGACGUAGUGUUUGUUAUGAGCGGCUACCAGAACCCCCAGAGGUCUAACCUGCGCGACAUGAUGCUGGAUAUGGGGGCGAAGUACAAACAGGAUUGGGAACCCUCUUGCUCGCACCUCAUAUGUGCUUUCACCAACACACCCAAAUUCCUUCAGGUGAAAGGCAAGGGAAAGAUUGUAACGGCCAAAUGGAUCACAGAUUGCCACAAGAACAAGAUACGUUACCCAUGGAGAAGGUACCAGUUGGAGCGAGAGCGAAAUGCAGAUGAGAGUGAAGACGAGGUUUGGGCUGAAGAGCUCUUGCCCAAGGAGGAACAUCGUGCCAAGUCUCCCAGCCAGAGACGCCGACCUUCAGAAGCAGACGUCGCUGACACUGACAGUUACAACAUGGCAACAGACGGCGAAAGUGAAGAAGAUACAGAUGAUGAAAUACAAAGAGUACUGGCAAAGAAGAAGACAAGUGAAAGAGAGAAAGAAUCAGUGAAACUUCAACGAAUGGACUCGGCAGAGAGAAACAAGAAUGGAGAGAAGCGGGAGCCAGUUUCAAGAAAAGAAAGAGAAACAGAAAGAGAAGAAGAGGUGGAAUGCAGAAGAGAGGAAGAGCAGCAGGUGAAAACAGCCAAUGGGAAGCUGCGAGGGGAAGGUGGAGCAAAAAGGGCCAAAAUGGAGACCUCGGGGGAUGAACCCAAGAAGACGGUCAAUGGACGGAAGGAAGGAGCUGGUAAGGAGCAGGAGACGUCAUCCUUGUCCGUAGCAGAAGGCUGGGAAAAGCGGAAAGGAGGGAAGCAGGGGGAAAAGGGAGGAAAGACAGUGGAAAGGAAGGAAGUGGAAGCAAAUGGCUUUGCAAAAGGGGGCAAGAGAAAGCAGGAGGAAGACGAGGAGGAGGAGGACUAUGAUGCUGACACAGAUGUAGAUGAGGACAAAAAGAAGUAUCUGCAACCUCCCGAUACCUCAGCCCUGCCCCUCCCCUGCCUGGACGACCACUUCUCUGGCAAGACGUUCUUCAUCUACGGCAGGAUGGAUGAACACACCAAGAAGAUGGUUCGCAGAUAUAUCAUCGCUUUCAAUGGGACGCUGGAGGAGUACAUGACUGGAGAAGUGCAGUACGUAGUCACCGAGGACGAGUGGGAUGAGAACUUUGAUGCUGCCCUGGAGGAGAACUCAAGUCUGCAGUUUGUCAAGCCAACUUGGAUAUGGCAGUGCAGCGACAGGGCAAAGUUGGUCCCUCAUCAGCCGUACCUGGUGGUGCCCAGGGAGUGAGGGAGGCGAAGGCGAAGGCGAAGGCGAAGGCGAAGGGGGAGAAGCAUGACAGAUACCCAAGCAAGCAAAUGAGAGAAAAGAGCAGCUCUGGAUAGGAGUAAGGGAGAGAGGGGGGUAUAUAUACACCCAGGAGGAGGAGAUGCCUUUUUUUCUUUCUUUAUUAUUAUUUUUUUUUUUUCAUUUUUACUUUUCUUUUAUUCUUUUGUCUCCCCUCCCUCUCCCUCUCACUUUUUGUUUGCUAUUAUACCGAAGGAAAUUUGUGUACAGUCCAUAUGAUGGAUGCACUACAUGGGGUAUAUAUUUUGUGAUGUAAAAGAGGAAAGGCAUGCUCUAUCUCCUCCAAUCUUUGGUGGACAUCUCCUUUUAUAUAUGUGUAUAUAUAUGUAUGUAUCUCUCACACACACACACACACACACACACACACACACACACACACACACACACACACACACACACACACACACACACACACACACACACACACACACACACACACACACACACACACACACACACACACACACACACACACACACACACGUUUUAAAUUGAAGUACAAUUACCUCCCAUUUUGAUGGAAUGCCUUUGUUUUUAUACCUCAAAUAGAUGAAAAAUAUUGAUAUAUUACCUUUCAAGAUAAUGAAGAAGAAAAUGAACAAGCAAAGAAGUGUAUGAGAAAUGAAAUAACAAGAUGAGUAGAAUUAGGGAAAGGCUUAUUUUGAGAAAAAUGUGAAAAGUUUAAAAAGCAGACACCAAGCAUCCUCUUCUCUAUCACGUCAGUAUAUAUAUAUAUACACAGGAUGAUGUAAAAAAAACAAAAAAAAACCAGUGAUUUCCCUGUGCUUAUGUAGAAUGAUUUGAUUUGUAAAACCUUUUUUGUUUUUCUAUAUUCUUCAAAGUUAUUUCUAGAUAUUUUUGCACAAGAUUUACUCCCAGGGUAGAAGAGGGGUUAGUAUUAUACCCUAUGUUAUAAUAGAACAAUAUAGUUAUAGUAUAAUACAGGAACUACGUUUGGAUGAGUAGGAGUGAACGUGUGUUGAGUCUGACCUCUCUAUAUUUUAAUUUUGUUCUGUUUUCUUUUCCAGAUUGGAUAUGACUAUUUUUCUCCAGGUAAUUGCAUUAGUUCUUUCAGUUGCUUUCCAUAUAUACAAUUUGCUGCAAAUAUUAUAGAGAAAGAGGAAUGUGUGUAAGUACAUGUACAUGAAUUUUAUUCCUGGGACUUGUAUUUGUAUCUCUUUCUAAGUAAGGCAACAGUUGUUGACGGCUAAAUCAUGGCAGAUACCAAAUCAAAUGAUGAAAGUGGGAGUUUAAAAUGCAUACUAAAUAGACCAUAUUCUUUGUUAAUGAGAUUCCAGAUAUUUAUUACAUGUACUGUACAAAUUACCAAUAAAUGAUUGAGAUUAGAGAAAAAAAUGAAAAAAA